AUGUCGCUCUUUAAAGGAGCCUCAAGAACUGUGUUCAGAGCUGUUGCUGCGCAAAGAGCAGCAACUUCAAUAUGUGGCGCAAGAACAGCGGCGACUAGUAGUCGAAUGACCAUAGAAAGUCAACAAAAGCUACUCUCAGCAAACCUCGAACACGCAGAUCCAGCAGUCUUCAGUAUUCUCCAAAAUGAGAAACGAAGGCAGAAGCACUUCAUUAAUCUUAUUCCUUCCGAAAACUUCACAUCACAAGCUGUUUUGGAUGCAUUGGGAAGUGUUAUGCAAAAUAAAUAUUCCGAAGGAUACCCGGGUGCAAGAUAUUAUGGAGGAAACGAAUUUAUUGACGAAUCCGAAAGAUUGUGCCAAUCCCGCGCUCUACAGACUUUUGGAUUGAAGGAAUCAGAAUGGGGAGUCAAUGUUCAACCAUUAUCCGGUUCCCCAGCAAAUCUUUACGCAUACUCCGCUCUCGCAAAUACUCAUGACAGAAUAAUGGGAUUGGAUUUACCUCAUGGUGGCCAUCUCUCCCAUGGAUACCAAACUCCUACCAAAAAAAUAUCGGCUAUUUCAAAAUACUUCGAGACUCUACCGUAUAGAUUGGAUGAAAGUACAGGACUUAUUGAUUACGCCAAAUUGGAGGAGCUUGCAACACUGUACAGACCAAAGAUUAUUGUUGCUGGCACCUCAGCGUAUAGCAGACUCAUCGAGUAUGAGCGUAUGCGUGAGAUUGCUGACAAAGUUGGGGCAUUCCUGUUGGCUGAUAUGGCACAUAUUUCUGGCCUCGUCGCGGCAAAAGUCAUUCCAAGUCCUUUCGAAUAUGCAGAUGUCGUCACCACUACCACACAUAAAUCACUCAGGGGUCCUCGGGGUGCUAUGAUUUUCUUUAGAAAGGGAGUUAGAAGAGUCAAUCCAAAAACAAAGGAAGAAGAGAUGUGGAAUCUUGAAGAUCCAAUUAAUGCAUCAGUCUUCCCGGGACAUCAAGGAGGUCCUCAUAAUCAUACUAUCACUGCAUUGGCAGUUGCACUUAAACAAGCACAAAGUGUUGAAUUCAGAGCUUACCAAGAAGCGGUUUUACUAAACGCAAAAGCAUUCGCAAAGCGUCUGGGUGACUCAAAAGAUAAAGGGGGUCUCGGCUACUCCAUUGUAUCUGGAGGUACAGAUAACCAUCUUGUACUCAUUGACUUGAAACCUCAAGGAGUUGAUGGUGCCCGAGUUGAACGUGUUCUCGAACUCGUCGGAGUAGCAUCCAACAAGAAUACCGUUCCUGGAGACAAAUCCGCGCUUAAGCCUGGUGGACUAAGAAUGGGUACACCAGCUAUGACUACUCGUGGUUUUCAACCCGAUGACUUCGUUCGUGUUGCCGACGUUGUAAAUAGAGCUGUCACCAUAACUCAACGACUAGACAAAACUGCAAAGGAGGCUGCAGAAGCAAAGGGAAGAAAGAAUCCUGGUAGUGUAAAGGCUUUCUUAGAGUAUCUUGGCGAGGGUGAGAAUGAGAGAGAGAUUGUACAGUUGAGAAGUGAAGUUGAGGAAUGGGUUGGCACUUUCUCAUUACCAUGGGAAGAAAGUAGCUAG